AUGUACAGAACAUCGACAGUGUUACAUACACCGAUACCCUCAGCACUGUCGCAUGCUCCAUCUGCCCCAAAUGCACGGGGUAGGCUCCCAGGUGGACAGGUUAUAGGUAAUGAAGCUGCUCUCCAAUUUGUAGAGGGAAAGAGAGAUGCCAAGCGAGACAUUUUCAGCGAGUUUUCACUGGAGGGUAAAUGCACUGUAGUUUCAGGCGGUGGUGGUGGACUAGGUCUGGAAAUUGCGCAGGCUGUUUGUGAAGCAGGAUCUGUCGUACAUGUUUUCGAUAUGCCACCAGAGCCAAGCAGCACGUUCAAAGCUGUGCAGAAAUAUGUUAAGGCAUUUGGCAGUAGCCUUGAGUAUCACCAGAUGGACGUUACUAACCAGAAAGCUGUCUUUGAACUAUGUGACAAAAUCGGCGAAAAGGAGGGUGGUAUACAUGGAGCAGUGUGUGCUGCCGCUAUAUUAGAGACAUAUGACUGUCUCGAAUAUCCUUCGGCUGAAUUUGAGAAAACAAUGCAGGUGAAUGCAGGUGGCGUUUUAUAUACUAGCCAAGGUGUAGCUAGACAGAUGAAGAAGUACAAUCAAGCCGGCUCAAUUGCUAUGAUCGCCAGUAUGAGUGGAUCGAUCACGAAUAGAGAUCAGCACUGGGUUGGGUAUAAUGCAUCGAAGAGUGCAGUUUUGCAAAUGGCACGCUCUAUGGCCGCUGAAUUAGGGCCUGAUGAUAUCAGGGUAAACUGUAUCAGUCCUGGCCAUUUCGAGACGCCAAUGACAAGGAAAGUUUUUGAGCAAAACCCCGGAUUGAAGGAGAAAUGGGAGUCAGGAUCGCCUAUGCAACGUUUGGGUAUUCAUCAUGAACUCAGAGGCGUUGCGGUUUGGCUUCUGUCCUCAGCAAGCAGCUUCUGCCAAGGCUGUGAUGUGAAGAUCAGCGGCGGUUACGAAACUUGGUAG